AUGAUUUUGAAAUUAAUUUUUUGUGAUAUCGCUUCAUAAAAGCAAAUUUAUAAAUUAAUAUUUGAUAAUUAUUAUAUUUUAUUUGUUCUUUUUAUCCAUUUAAAAUUAAUUAAUUAAAAAUAAAUGAUAUAAUAGAUUAAAUAUUACAACAAAUUAGAAGAGUUUUUAAACUCUCCACUUUAAUCUCAAUAGGUUCUCCAUAUUAAUUUGAAUGGUAAUUAAAUUGGAGCAAUGGGUGCAUCAUACUUAGUUUCAUCUUUAGCAAAAUGCAUCAAUCUCUCAAAUUUGACACUUGAUCUUUGUGGUAAUUAAAUUGGAGCAAUAGGCGCAUCAGACUUAGGUUCUGGUUUAGCCAAGUGCAUUAAUCUCUCAAAAUUGGCACUUUAACUUGGCUGUAAUUAAAUUGGUGCAAUGGGUGCAUCAUACUUAGUUUCAGCUUUAGCAAAAUGCAUCAAUCUCUCAAAUUUGACACUUGAUCUUUGUUCCAAUUAAAUUGGCGAUCAAGGUGAAUCAGAAUUAGGCUCUGCUUUAGGAAAGUGCAUUAAUCUCUCAAAUUUGACUCUUUAACUUGGCUCUAAUUAAAUUGAUGAUAAAGGUUUAUAAAGUUUAUGUCAUGAUUUAUCAAAGUGCAUUAAUCUCUCAAAUUUGACACUUUACCUUAAUCAUAAUUAAAUUGGCGAUGAAGGUACAUCAGACUUAGGUUCUGCUUUAGCAAAGUGCAUCAAUCUCUAAAAUUUGACACUUAACCUUUUUGGUAAUUAAAUUGGUGCAAUUGGUGCAUCAAUCUUAGGUUUAGGUUUAGAAAAGUGCAUUAGUCUCUCAAAUUUGAUACUUGAACUUGGGUAAAAAGCGUUUAUUUAUUAUGGAUUGUGA